CCGUCCCCUCGAAUAAUCAGCCCUAGAAAGACAAAAGACGAAAGAACAGCGGGCUCAGACCCGCGUCUUACACGGAACUGGCUCCCUCCACCAUCGGGGUACAUGAUCCAUCCCUCUGUCCACCUGUCCAUUCGUUUAUUUUUUUUGCUUCGACUGCGAACCGCCUUUGUAUGUGCAUGAGUACAGUAGGUGUGCACCACCAGCCGGCAAACAACUGUCCUGUCCCAGCACAUAAGAGCCCAAACCUCCAAGCCAAAGCCACGUCAGCUCGCCGGCCUCUCAAGGAACCCCAGAUUUACAUACCACGUCGGCAGCAGCCCGAACUAGCAGGCCGCGCGAACAAGGAGCAAGCAGGCAUCUGCCCGUCAUCGCAAAGCACGAGAGCCGUUUCCCACUGGCUGGCCGUCGGGUGGCUUUACCACAGAGCAGCAGCAGCGCUGUCCAGAUACAUCCACCACAGUACCUCGCUCUGCUGCGCUGGUUUCCGCUCUCUGGCUUCGGGCCUCUCUGGCUACCCCACUGUCGUGCUCGGACAGCCUCACCCUCGACGCCGUCUCGGCCCCCGGAUUGGCCAGCGUCCAGCUGCACUCCCACACCCUCCCGUCUGAGCUCCCCCCAGUGCAGCCUGCGUUGUAUCUGCGUCUUUUAACUGGCCUCCCGGCCUCUCCUCUCCCCCACCAGACUCCGCCGUCUUCUCUCCUUCCACUGUUUCUCCCUCAUCGCCCACCCACAGACUUGCUUGGGUAGCCACGUUCCCCUAUCCGCCAGCUAGCCCGGCCUCAUCAACCCGUCUUCUGGCACGCACUCAUACCAUCACCCCAGCCAGCACAAUUCCCCGCAAUUGAUGGCCUGGGUUGCAAAGAUGAGUAGGGCAAAGGCAUACAUGGAAACAGAGCGCGAGGAGCGCGCUGCUGCCGUCUCCGCCGAUGCUGUGUCUGUCUUGUCGGCUUCUGACGACGACAACACCCUGCCCGGCGACGACGACGACGACUUCGACUUCGACGACGGCUACCUCAGCGAUGAUGCCUCCAGUCUCUGGAGCUAUCCCUUUGGCCGUGAUGCCGAUCCCAUCCAGCUCAGCCCGCCCUUCCGUCUCCCACGGGAAGAGGAUCCGCUGAAGCCCGUCUAUGAAGGAUGGACGAUCCACGUCUCCCCGAAAGAGGAGGACGUCACCGACGGCAAGCGUGUGCUCGGCAUCAAGACGGUGCAGCACUUCACCCGCAACCCUGGCGGCAGGCCCAGCGUCCUCUUCACCACGCACACCCAGAAGGAGCUGGCCACAAUGCACAUGGACGCGCUGGAUGAGUACCACGGCUCUCACCGAAGCUCCGGAGGCUGCCUCCCGGUACGCCGCCUUCUCCGCCGCCACACUUCGCGAAGCUCGUACGACGACAAUGUCGAUGAGAGGAUCCGCAAGCUCCCCGCCGCCGUACAGGACGAGAUCUCGACCCUCCUGCAGGACAGGGGCAGGUGUUCCAGCUCGGCGACGCGCAAGCGAGAGUUCACAGUCGCCAUCGUGCGCGAGCAGCUGCAUCACCACUUCGCCAGCACCGAACCCACCCCUGCCCGCCGCCACCGCCUGCGCUGGUGGAAGGAUAACACGCGGGGCCGCGAGCUGCAGUACUUCCUCGUCCUCAUCGGACGCCAGACCCAGCACGACCCUGAGGGUCUCCCGGCCUACACCCGGCUCACGAACCCGUGGCGCGAGGUCGAUAUCCAACAGGGCCAUCUGGAGCGGGCCAAGAAGGCUGCCGAUAGGCAAAAGGCGGGCUUCUUUGCGCCACCGUCGGUCAAGAUUAGGCGCACUCCCUUUGCCCCGCCCACUCUUAGGAGGCGUGCGCCGUCCGAGAGGUACGAGAGACGAGCGCGAUCGCCACUGAGGGACCGUUCCCGGUCGCGAUCGCGGUCAAUAGAGCCGCCCCGCCGUUAUCGUUGGCGGUCUCGGUCACCUUCCUCGGACCCAUCUUUGUCCUCCUGGGGUGACCGUUCGCGAUCGCCCUCGAGGGAUUGCUACACUACCGACCGCAGGCCUUAUCGGUUUCCACCGCCGCCUGGCUUUGCUCCUCCUCCACCACACCCGUUCUCGCUGCCGCCUUAUGUGCCAUUCCAACAGCGGUCGGUGCUGCUGCCGCCGCCACCUCCUCCAGGCCUGCCCAUGCCCCAGCGGUGUGCUUUCCCCUCCAGGCCGCCCAUCUUGCUGCCCGGCCCGAUGGCUCCGCCACCGCCGGCUUGGAGCAUGCAUUCUUUGUCGACGCCUCCACCACCCCCUCCCCCGCCGGCAUCGCAACCCGGCGCCUUCUUCGCCCCUGGGUCCAUGCCUCCCUCCACGUCCUGGCCGUCGUCGCCAAACUCGCAACGCAACGCGCUCCCGCUGUCUUUGUAUGGCCCGCCGCCGCCGCCGCCGCCGCCGCCCAUGAACCCCUUCUCGGCCCUGACGACACCAAGCUCGCUCGGCUCCUUUCACCUGCCCAUGUUCGGACCCAUCCCGCUGCCGCCGCCGCCCCCGCGGUCCAACUCGAACAGGAGCAGCGCCAACGUGUCGCGCACCCCAUCGCCUCUCGGCAAGGACAACAGCCUUCCCCGUCGUGGCGGUGAGGGUGUCAUGUCCGACAACGACUUCAUGAACAGCCGCCGCCCGUACGUCGAAGACGUGGACGAUGAGGGAGAGGAGGACGCCACCCUCAUCGGCUUAAACUCGUCCGUCGCGGCCGAGUCCCCCAUCGACAAGGCUCCCGCGUCCCCCGAGGUGACAGCAAGAGAGGACGCAAAGGUCUUGGCGUCUGACAAGCCUGGCAUUCACGGCGACGACUAAGUUUCUCUUGGUAUCGGGACAGUCUUGUGCUUUUCUGACUUUCUUGAGUUCCCUGACGGUGCCAUUGUUGGCGGUCGCCCGUAACUUCACUGCCUUGGUUGUCGUUUUCUUCCUGCCCUAGUGGCGUUUGGACCUCUUGCGCCUUUUGAUUUGUGCGAUUAACGAUUGUCAUGAUAUGUUUCUAUGAGGGGUUGGUUUUAUUGUUACUAGGUGGUUAUCUUGUGUCUAUGGGGGUUUCUUUUUAGGACGGACAAGGGGGACACACAAACAACCGCAUGGCUUGGCUCUUACGUCGCCAGUAUGAUAGGGUGCACCCCAGACCACCGCUUAUAUAGCAAGCGCUCCAUCUCAUUGGUACCGCUUUUUUGCUGGGUGAAAGCGCAUAAUCGAGUGAACGAAUGGCUCCGUCACUAUAAUUGUCCUACUCUUAAUUCUCCAC